AUGUCUUUGAAGUUUCUUCGGGUAUUUGGUCCAUCCACUUCUAGCCGCUUAUUUUCGUGAGUUUUUGGAUGUUUUGUUUUGAAAAAAAAAUGAAGAAACAUUUUUUCAGAGGGAAAAUUGAAGUUUCGACAACUGGUUAUUCUUAUAAAGAUGGGCGCGGUAAAACUAUUGCAAAAUAUGGUGAGUUUAAUUUUUUUGGGGACAAAUUCGCUUUUUUCAAAAACAAUUUAACUGAAUAAAAAUUUCCUACAUUUAUAUAGAAAAGUCUCAGUUUUUUUCAGAAACAUUUUUUAUUGGAAAGCUUUGGUAUUUAUCGAUUAACAAUUUUUAUAGUUUUUAUAAUAUAAAAUCUCACUGUUUCAAAAAUUCUAGAAUUGUUUCCAUGAAAUAUUCAAUUUGAUAGUUGGUUUUUCAUUAAAACAUUAUCAUAAUAGGAAUUAUCAGAUCUCAAGUUUUGCGUUUUCUUCCCUAUUAAAAAUAUAAUCAAACUAACAAUAUUUUUUGCAGGUGUGUUUUGGGGACUAAAAGACCCAAAAAACAUUCUUCAACGUCUUCCCGAUGGUUCCACUUCAAUUUCAGCAAUGUAUACUGGAAUUCUAGAUGCAGUUAAUAUGGCAAGAGAACAAGAAACAACUGCUCCUUUGGUUAUUUACACGGAUUUAAAUGUAAUUUAAUUUUCUUUGAUUAUUUCUGAUGGGAAAACAAUUUAAAAAAUGAAAUUUUUAGAACGAGGACUUUGUUAAAGAACUGUCAGCGCAUGCAAAACGAGAUUUCUACAAAAGAGAUAAUGUGACAAAAAUGAAACAUUCGGAAAUUCUCAAGGAGAUUUUCACAGCAAUUCAGGGAAUGGAUGUUCAAAUAAUACAUCGUGCAGCAUCUGGAACAGGAAAACCAAAUUAUGUGACAGAAGCUAUUAUUAAACAUAUUUAUAAUCCACCAGGAAGUCUAGAAGAUCCUAAAGAAAUUCUUAUUAAAACCUAUUGUCAUAAAGAAGAUAUUGGAGAAAUUGAAGCGAGAAAAUUGAUAUAUGAAGGAUUUUGUAUGAAUGAAAAAGGUCAAAGAUCUCCAAAACCAUCGAAAUUUCCUGAAUGUUUUGUUGGUGUUCGAUGUCGAUCAUCAAAUAAAGGAUAUAUUCAAGCGGGUUACUGUAGUUAUUGGCCAAAUGGAGAAGCUGGCAGCGGUAAUGUUCAUCGAUUUUCUCCAUUUCCAAUCACCGCAUAUCGUGCAACUCUUGCUGCAAUUGAAGAAGCGUUGAAAGAAGCUGUUGAAAAUGAUAUUCGAAAUUUGAUAAUAGUUACGAGUAGUGCACAUUUUAUUCAACAAUGGAGAGAUGUUUGGGUUCAUCGAAAAGAAGAAGAUCGAAGUUCGAAGAGAAGUCGAAGUUUUUAUAAUAAGAUUCGAGAUUUGGUGGACAAAUUAGAUAAUGUGAGUUUUGAGGAGGGGUUUGGAAAUUAUUCAGAAAUCGGUAGAACGAAUUUCACCAUCGAUAAUUAAGUUUUAUAAGAAUGAAUAUUUUGAAAAUGUGUAUUUUUGGAAUUAAAAAAAGCAAGAUUUUCAAAAGAAAAUGUUGCUAGUUGCACAAAAUUAAAAAAAAAUCCGUGCCUAAUAAUAUAAAAAUUUUGAAACAGUGUAUUGUUUCAUAAAAAAAAUAUUUUUCUAGAAUCUGAAUGUUCUUAAAAUUAAUUGAAAUCCAGGUUUAUUUCGAAUUCAAAAUCGAACACGAAGAACAAUCGAUUUAUUCGGAAAUUGCAAGACGAUGUAAAGAAGGAAUACAAUAUCCAUUAUUAGGAAAAGAUGUGUCUGAAUAUUCGCUUGGAAUUCAAGAUUUGACAGUUCAGGAGCCAGAGGAGUAGGAUUUGUUGUUAAAAUUCUUCACACAAUUUUUUUUAAUUUCAGAGGGAUUCCGGUAGUUCGACUAUUCAAAACUGGAUCUGGGCUGACAUCUGGAGUUGUUUGGGAAAAUCAAAACGAAAUUAUAAACCGACCUGGAAUCGAGGCAAAUCUCAUUUCGAUUUUAGAAAAAGUUGAUAGAAAUGAAGUGAUAAUUCGAACAGAUUCCGAAAAAUUGAUAAAAAGUGUAGAAGCACAUUUGGAAAUCUGGAAAAGAAAUGGCUGGAGGAAUUCGUUGAACAAGAAAAUCAAACGAGAAGAAAUUUGGGAGAAAAUCUGGAAAUUAAAGCAGACUCGGAAGAUUUAUUGGCAAUUUAUGGAUGAAUUGAAUGAGAAAGAUAUUGAAGAAAAUCGAAGGAUUCCGAAUCCAAUGGAAAAAGAUGUAUUUGUAUCAAAAAAUAGCAACGAAUGA